AAAGCUUGAGGUCACAAGUUUAUCAUACCUAGUCAUGGAUUAGGAUUAGAUAGAAUAUUUAGGUGUUAUCUAAAUAUAUAUUACCUAAUGAUAAGAUUAGUAACUAUCCGAACUUUCUAUAUAAGAAGAUAUCAAAUUGUGAUGAAAAGUAUGUUAGUAUAUUUUGAGUCUUGACAAAAGAAAGCUUGAGUCACAAGUUUUCCUGGUAUUAUGAGUCAUGGUUUCUAUAUAGGAGUCACGGAUUAAGAUUUGAUAGAAUAUUUAGGAGUUAUCUAGAUAUAUAUUACCUAAUGAUGAGAUUACUACUUAUCUAAACCUUCUGUAUAAGAGGAUAUCAAGUUGUGACAUCAUUUCAAACUUUAUACCUUCGAGUCACCUCAAAUCCAAGAUUUAUAAAAAAAAGCUCCAAACUUUAUACCUUCUCGUCACCUCAAAUCCAAACCAAAUGGGCGAAACCUUUAUCGAAAUCUGUUUGAUAUCAGCAAGAGGACUCCGCAUCGGACCCGGAUUCGGAUGCUCACUACUGAAACACCAAUUGCACGCCGUUGGAUGGAUCGAUCCAAAAAACAAGUUUUGCACGACCGUCAGUGCUUCAAGAUCAGACAACCCUCAUUCGAGAACAAGGGUCAUUACUUCACUCGACGAUGAUGACAAUUCAAUGAUUCAUGCCUUGUACGCUGAGGUUUAUAGCAGAAAACCAAUCUUCUUAACGAAGAAGUUUCAUGGCUCUGUUUUUGUUCCCUUGAAAGAGUUUUUUACUAAGUAUAAGAACCAGAAGAGUUCUUCUGGUUCUGUUUUUGAGGAAACCAUAAGCUGUCAGCUCACGAAAGAGAACUCAAGUAAGCCUCAAGGGUCUGUUAAUGUGUCUAUUCGUAUAGCUGCUGAAAAACAAGACUUUGAAGGUUCUGCUGGAGGAGUCAUCAAUCUCUACCAACUCCCGUUAUAACUUUUCAGGGCAAAACGACAUGGCCGGUUCAUAACAGCAUACAUUUGCUACAUUGAACCAGCCAAACAGUUCAAACUCAUUCUCAGUCCCGCCAGAUAACCACUACUUCCCAAUGCCUAAUCCAAACGCAACAACCUUACUCCUCCACUAGUGCAGCAACCUAAAUUUUGUUGGGGGCGCAAAACAAUUCUUCAUUAUACUUAAAUUUUGGG